AUGGACCCAGGAACAGACCGCCAGAUCCUUGAGUCCCUGUGCGAGGCCGCGGGUCACAAGGGGCCGCUGCACGCCUGUGACCUCUAUGGCUCCGAGGCGGCGGGCAGAAAGCUGGCCGAGGCCAUGCGCCUGGGGGCGUCGCGGGCCUGGCCUGAGGUGCUGCAGGGGCUGACGGGGGCUGACCACAUCACCGGUGAGCCCCUCAAGCGAUACUUCCGGCCGCUGACGGACUGGCUGACUGAGGACGCCCUGACGGCUGGGCUGGGCGGCGGCCUGGGCUGGGGGGCGUCCUGGAGGCUGCCGGAUGAGCGCGGCGGGGCGGUGAGGGAGCGGGCCUGGCAGGGGGUGCGCUGGGCCGUCCUGCUCCAGGUGACCCGGACACUGACAGACCGGUACUAACACUGCCAAGACUGACACCGCUAAUACAAACAAGAACAGCAUCACGAAACUAACAGAUUAUGGCACUAACAAAUUCAAACCAAGGAGGAUAUAUACAGAAGAUGGGUCUAUCCAUGUACUCCUCCACGCUGAAGUGGUUAACGUGUUUAGCUACGAAUCCGCGGGCCCAGGUUCAAAUCCCUACCCGGGAAGUCGGCGUGCAUAACACACAGCUGUUCAUCCUCCUUUGAAGGGUGGACGAUAAAUGGGUACCUGGAAAAUCUGGGGAAGGUGAAGUGUGGCAGUCCCGGAUGUCACACUGGCCCCGUGUCCCGGGAAAAAUGUGUCCUAACAAACCACAGGCUCAAAGGUCCAACGCGACGGAAAUGAGCACCGCAGCCACGCGCACGUAAGGUAUAUGUCCCAAAUUUUACCUUACGUUGAAAACUCAAACCAAGGCGACUAUUUAGUUUCCAGUCUGACUGGGUUACAUUCAGAACAUCAGUAUACUGGCAGUAAUAAUAACAGUGGCUGCCAACACCCCAUCAUUUUCUGCUGCUGCAUCACACGACGAACUCGGUCUGUAUGGAGGACAAUAUAUAACUAUCUUCAAGCUGAGGAAAGUGGAUCCAAAUACAAAAACAAUGUAUAGAUAUGUUGUACUUAUACAUUAAGAAAUCUAAAUUUAGGGAGGUGACACAUCAUUAGAAAAUAAAUUUAUCUACUGUGGGAAUUCUCUCUCUCUCUCUCUCUCUCUCUCUCUCUCUCUCUCUCUCUCUCUCUCUCUCUCUCUCUCUCUCUCUCUCUCUUUGUGUGUGUGUGUGUGUGUGUGUGUGUGUGUGUGUGUGUGUGUGUGUGUGUGUUUGUUGGUACGUAUAUAUGGGGAGGUGGUGGCCGAGUGGUUAGCGUGCGGGCCAAAGUCUAUAUAUAUACCAAGUCAAGUCACUCUGUCUUCAAAACUGCGACCAGCACGCGCAGGGGGCGGUUUGGGGCGGAGCAGCGAGAUUACGUCACUUGAGGCCAGUUCACGGGUGACUAAAGUUGCGGCCGUGUGUGCACAUUGGAUGUGCAUUCUCGCCUUCUUUCACCGCGCAUUCAGGCAAGCCACUGACGAAAAAAUAUGCCUUCUUUAUUGUGCUAUGCGUGACUGUAAUUCCAAUGCCUACAAACGGCGGUAUGGGGUGUGAGAGGGAUCAUGUUGAAGUGAUUGAUUUAAAUUAGUCCGCCUUUCUUCGUUUUCUCUAAAUCUCUGUUUCUACAUUCUCUAGUUUGGCUCCAAGCAACGUCACGCAUAAGCCACGCCUCUGCCGUGUCUCCUCCUACAAAGCUGCGUAUGACUUGACUUGGUAUAUAUAGACUUUGAUGCGGGCAUUGUGAGCCCGAGGACCUAGCGUGGACUAGGUUCGAGUCACCGCUGAAACACGCUGAUAUUUUAUGUCAUCGUUGAGUGGCGGAAGAUUACCCACAUGCUGUCCGGAUCUUCAAUCAACCUUAACUUCAGUGAAUUCGGUCAAGAGCAGCAUCGAGGGGCAGCAUGGGCUACGCAAGAGUCAAAUAUCACUACCUCUCCUCUCUCUGUUUGGACACCGUGGCGAUCGGACGUGGCUCUCGACCUCCUGCCUCGACCUCUAAUCCUGACAGAAAUUACACAUUUUUAAGUCCAUGUUGGCUGCGCCGGGUGUGGCGUGACUACUGUACUAUGACGUCCUGAUGACACACAACACAUGUACACUGUUGUGAUUCCCAGUGCUGCAAGUUUGUGACGGAACUGUGAUAUGUGCUGAACUAGUGAUCUUCAGGCAACUGUUGUUAAGUGAUACUACCAUGCCUGACACUCGCAGUGCCUCUGCUGCGUCAAAGAACCCAAAUCA